AUGAUUGCCUUCGAUUCAAUCAACGUCCAUGGCGAAGGGGUCUUGGGCCGCAGUGUCCUUGGAGGUGUCACUCACGACGGGACCUUUGACGGUGCACCUGUGAAAAUCCUUCGGAUCGAAUCGCCGACACCCGAGUCGGUUCUCAAGGUCAACCGAGCCGUGCGCCACCUGAUUGACGUGUAUCAUCCCAACAUUGCCCAGUUUUACGGCGUGAGCUGGGAGACGGGCACACCGCUGUGCGUUGUCACGGAGCACGCACCUCAUGGGACGCUCGCGAUGCUACUGGCGUCCGACACGGACCUGGGCCUCGUCCGUAUCGUGUGCCUUCUACUGGACGUGGCGAGGGGUAUGCUGUACCUGCAUUCGCAACCGACGCCGCUCCUUCAUCGCGAUUUGCGCGCCGCCAACAUCCACCUCAUGCACAAUUUCAAGGCCAAGGUGGCCAAUUUCGAACUCUGCGGCAAACUCGGGCUCGAUACGUCACUCGUGGGGACGCCAGCGUGGACCGCUCCCGAGAUGUUGCGCGGCGAGAAGGACUAUACGGAGAAGAUCGAUGUCUACUCGUUCAGCAUGCUGAUGCUCGAGAUCUUGAACCAAAGAGCGCCGUACUCGGAGGCUGCAUUGCCGCCGCGCGAGCUCUUGCACAAAGUAGCGCACGAAGCCUACCGACCGAGCCUUCUCGAGCGGGAUUUGUGGCCGAUUAAGCUCGUGGAACUCAUGGAAGCGUGCUGGCAACACGACCCUGCGGAUCGUCCCGCGUUUGCUGACGUGGUUGCGAUUCUUGACAGUAUUCUUUCGGAAAACUGCGAACGGCGUCUCGGUGCACAAGCAAACUGCAGCGAUCGAAGCGGCGGUGGAUGGUCUACCGCGAUUCUAGCCCGUCCACGGUGGACGGGCUAG